CGGACCGUGCGCCGCCCUCAGAGCUCCCGUUCGGCGCGCGGGGACGCGGGCGCGGGCCGUGGGGCCCUCGGGCCGGCCCGGGCUCGGGGCGCCGGGCUCGGGACCAUGGCGCUGCGCGCCCGGGCGCUGUACGACUUCAGGUCGGAGAACCCCGGCGAGAUCUCUCUGCGGGAGCACGAGGUGCUGAGCUUGUGCAGCGAGCAGGACAUCGAAGGCUGGCUCGAGGGGGUCAACAGCCGCGGCGACCGCGGCCUCUUCCCGGCCUCGUACGUGCAGGUGAUCCGUGCGCCCGAGCCCGGCCCUCCGGCCGACGGCGGCCCGGGAGCCCCGGCCCGCUACGCCAACGUGCCGCCCGGCGGCUUCGAGCCUCUGCCGGCCGCGCCGCCCGCCGCCUUCCAGCCGCUGCUGCAGCCGCAGGCGCCGCCGGCUUCCUUCCAGCCGCCGGGCUCUGGCUUCCCGUACGGCGGGGGCGCCCUGCAGCCGUCGCCCCAGCAGCUGUACGGCGGCUACCAGGCCAGCCAGGGCAGCGACGAUGACUGGGACGACGAGUGGGACGACAGCUCCACGGUGGCCGACGAGCCGGGCGCGCUGGGCAGCGGCGCCUACCCCGACCUCGACGGCUCGUCGUCGGCGGGCGGCGUCGCGGCCGGCCGCUACCGCCUGUCCACACGCUCGGACCUGUCGAUGGGCUCGCGUGGCGGCUCGGCGCCCCCUCCGCAUCAGGCUUCUGGAGCCAAGAGCUCGGCCACGGUGAGCCGCAACCUCAACCGCUUCUCCACCUUCGUUAAGUCGGGCGGGGAGGCCUUCGUGCUGGGCGAGGCGUCGGGCUUCGUGAAGGACGGGGACAAGCUGUGUGUGGUGCUGGGCCCCUACGGCCCCGAGUGGCAGGAGAACCCCUACCCCUUCCAGUGCACCAUCGACGACCCCACCAAGCAGACCAAGUUCAAGGGCAUGAAGAGCUACAUCUCUUACAAGCUGGUGCCCACUCAUACCCAGGUGCCCGUGCACAGGCGCUAUAAGCACUUCGACUGGCUGUAUGCGCGCCUGGCCGAGAAGUUCCCGGUCAUCUCGGUGCCCCACCUGCCGGAGAAGCAGGCCACGGGGCGCUUCGAGGAGGACUUCAUCUCCAAGCGCAGGAAGGGCCUGAUCUGGUGGAUGAACCACAUGGCCAGCCACCCUGUGCUGGCACAGUGCGACGUCUUCCAGCAUUUCCUGACCUGCCCCAGCAGCACGGAUGAGAAGGCCUGGAAACAGGGCAAGCGGAAGGCCGAGAAGGAUGAGAUGGUGGGUGCCAACUUCUUCCUCACUCUGAGCACACCCCCUGCCGCCGCCCUGGACCUGCAGGAGGUGGAGAGCAAGAUCGAUGGCUUCAAGUGCUUCACCAAGAAAAUGGACGACAGCACGCUGCAGCUCAACCACACUGCCAACGAGUUUGCCCGCAAGCAGGUGACUGGCUUCAAGAAGGAGUAUCAGAAGGUGGGCCAGUCCUUCAGGGGCCUCAGCCAGGCCUUUGAGCUCGACCAGCAGGCCUUCUCAGUGGGUCUGAACCAGGCCAUCGCCUUCACCGGAGACGUCUACGACGCCAUAGGUGAACUCUUCGCUGAACAGCCCAGGCAGGACCUGGACCCAGUCAUGGACCUCUUAGCACUGUAUCAGGGGCACCUGGCCAACUUCCCGGACAUCAUCCAUGUUCAGAAAGGAGCUCUUACCAAAGUAAAGGAGAGUAGGCGGCACGUGGAAGAAGGGAAGAUGGAGGUCCAAAAAGCAGACGGCAUUCAAGACCGCUGUAACACGAUUUCUUUUGCCACACUGGCCGAGAUUCAUCACUUCCAUCAAAUCAGAGUGAGAGACUUUAAAUCCCAGAUGCAGCAUUUUUUACAACAGCAAAUAAUAUUUUUCCAAAAAGUGACCCAGAAGUUGGAAGAAGCUCUUCACAAAUACGACAGCGUUUAAUGACUGCACCCAGAACUGCGCACUUUUUUUCAGUUCAAGGCUAAUUUCUACAGCAGGAUAAAAACUGCUUUCAAAGAGCUAUUGCCAACUGUAGGUGUGGUACAAGGAUGGUCCUGUGUUCAGCUGAAACCCAGCUGGAUGUAUAAUUAUGUAGGAAAGAAGCAGUUAAUACGGUUAUGUAGCAGAAACAGUACCACACUUUGUAACUAAAUUAUACUAUGUAUGCCUACACUACCAUUGUAACUUUUGGAUAAUGAUUAUACUAUUUGCCUUAUUGCUUUUUGAAGUAUGGGUAUAUUAGUGUAUACUUUGUAGACCUCAAAACCCAUGAAGAGUCUCAAAGAAGCUGGCUAGAUAAAAGCCUGCUGUGUAUGCCUUUUUAGUCUCAUAGAUCGAGAUCACCUAAAUCCAACCUGUUCUCUGUUUACAGACUCCAACUAGAGCAGCUAUGCGACUUUGUGCCUUUAGACUGGUUGUUUUCGUUUCUGUCCCACCUCUGUUUAAGCCCCAACUUUUCUGAUGGAAAGAGCGACAGGCCGGUGCAUUGGUGGCAGACUGGUGAAAGCCUCACACCUCUGGGGGCAGGUGGGAGAAAUGGUGGCCAUCACUUUGCACAGGAAGCGUCCUUGUCCGCUGAGAUGCUUGCAGUUACAGAGGAGUGAGACGGGAUGCCACCUUCGGAGGCAGAGUCUCAUAGGGGAAAAGGCAGUGCACCAUAGUCCCAUAUACCCAUAGUACACGGCCUACGGAGCAGGCCUGAGGAUUUCAGCAACGCCCUUAGCACGUGGGAGGGAGGGAUCCGAGCACGGAGAAGCUAUAGAAACACACAGCGAGUGGCAACGCACUCCGUCUUAGUUUUGGGGAGGGUCUCCUGUCAUCUUUUUUUUUUUUUUUUUUAAGCCUGAAAUUUUCUUUUAAUGUUCAGCUUUUUGUUUUGAUCUUAAAUGGAUCUACACUGUUAAUUGAAUGAGACUCCACUGUGAUUCACUCGUUUACUUAAUAAAAAAAUUUCAGGGAUGUCUGUAAAUUUCAGUGUUAUAUGCGAUGAGAAGUGGUGUCGGUUGAUUUAAGGAGGGACCAGAAAUAAUUUCUCCUAUUCCAGUACUGAAGAAAAAAAGAAAUACUGAUUUAUACUGUAUUUUAAAAAACUAGGUAUUGAUAAAGCCCCCUUCAGAACAUUUAACCUUAAAAAUUAUUUUAAAUAUAGCCUUUUAUUAUUAGAAGGGAACUACAGAUGACUGAUAAAUACCAAAAAGAUUCACAAGCAGCUUCAUUUAUAAAGCACAAAGAGGUUCUGGUGUGAAAUGCCCAAACCUCAAUGUUUUUUGUAGUUGCUGAGCUAAAUAAUGUGAUUCUUGAGUUUACAGAUGUAAAAGCUGUCAUGAAGGCUGAAGGACCUGUAUCUGCUGUCCCUGUGAACUACAUUUACACCACCCCAGAAAUUUUGGUACUGGCACAGUAACAUGGGAGUACAGAGGCCAAAUUCAAAGGGGGUGAGCCACAGUUACCCAAAAGGGUCAGCUUGCAGAAAGGUCAGAGUCAGAAAGGCUAGUGGGACAAUUACUCAACAGUGUAUUUACUCUCUAUGAAGUAAUCACAUAUGGGUUGAAUUUCUAAGAACAGAUUAUGAUAAUGUCGACCUCUGGUCAAAUCCUUGUACCUUAGAACUUAGAGGCAGAGCUGGCCUCAUACGGCGCUGUCUCCACAGGCUGGUGGGACUGUCGCCAGAAGCCGUGUUCUCUGAAAAAGCAACUUCCUCUUGUUGAUUGUAAAGUACAGUUAGAUAAAGAAAGCCCAUAUAUAUUUAAAAAUUAAUUUUAUUGCAGAAGUUUGGAGGUUAUAAUUAUAGCUUUUAAUUUAAGUUUGAAUUGGUAUUGAACAAACAAGCUCUCUGCUUUUCAAAUGAUUUGAAAGUCACAUUCAUUCGCCUCUUUGUUGUGGUGGUGGUUUGAUUUUUUUUUUUUUUCUUUAAGUAAAAUGACUAAACUUGUGCAAUAGCAUCAAGGAAAUUACCUGAGGUGUCUUAUACGAGUAGGCUCUAGCCAGGGUGGACACAGCUUAAAUUAUGAAAACUAAAGAUUAAAAUAUGAAGAAGUAAAAGUUCAUGCUGACUCCUUCUAAGAGAACUUUUGUUCUUCUAACCAUGGAGCAUAAUGCAACUGAUUCAUGGGACUUUAAAUGAAUCCUGUGGGGUGAAGCACCAGACUUACUAGCGUCCAUUUUCAUCCAAGAUCCUUAUUCUCUAACGUUCUUGGUCCUAUUGAAACAUUUCAGUAUCUGAAAAUACUGCAAUGUUCCUAUCCAAGAGAAAAGCCAUUAUGUGUAUGCUGGUCACGAUGAUCGGUGUGGUAGCGUUUCAUUUUCCUGUUGUUGUUUUGUUUGUUGUUUUUGUUUUUUAAAUAAACUAUCACGCCCUUCGAGCCAC